AUGGAGAGCGGCGGCGAUGGUGAGGGCACCUUCUUUGGUGUCCCGGGGUGGCAAGGUCUUUCGCUGUGCGCGAUAAUGGGUUGGAUCCUGCUGUCGUCGGCGUUGGGGCUGACUCAGAAGAUCAGAUCGCUGGUUCAGCCCUGGGUCUCCCGCCGCGUCGCCUCCGAGACCCCUCUGGUCCUCUUCAUCCAGGUAAUCACCAUUUUCGUUCCCGGUUCCUCUCCCCCUCCCUUCCGCCUCAUUCCCCCUUUUUUAUUUUCGAUUUAUUUAACAUUAUUUUCUCUCGAUAUGAUGAAUAUGAUGAUAAUCGCGUUGUUGAUGUUGCCGUUCGACGCAGAGUGCGGAUCAUGUGCUCCUCGAUACGUUCUUCUCCGUGCUCUCCUGCAUCGUCUCCGUUCCUUUCUACACGGGAUUCCUACCCUUGCUCUUCUGGGUAGGGCAAUUUUCCUGCCUUGUGAUUCUUUACGUUGCUUCUCCUUCUCCUCCUCCCUUUCUCUCACUGUUGACGAGUAUCACCAGGCUGUAUGUCAUGGAGAGUGGGGUUGAAAUCGUUGAUGAGGCCUCUGGGUUUUUUUCCGGCAUGAUUUAUGCGAGAUUUUGAUCCUCCUCCUCCCUCCAGAGUGAACACGGGAAGCUGGCCAGACAGAUGACGCUUUUGAUGGCUUUCUGUGAUUAUGUCGGGAAUGCCAUGAAGGUAAUUCCUGGUUCAUCUUCCUUCUGCAUCUUCGUUGAGUGAAAGCUAUCCUGCAUCAAGUUCACCAUAUUUUUACUAGUGAUUUUGCCAUGCUUGAAGGACUUGGUAUCAGCCCCCAGACCCAGCUCUCCACCUGUUAGAAGAAUAACAGCAACCAAAGAUGAGAAAGAGAAUGCGAUGGAAUACGGUCUGCCUUCCUCCCACGCUCUCAACACCGUGUGCCUCUCUGGGUACGAUCCACAUCCCCUCUGAAAAUAUUUAUUAAUUGUGCAUUAUGGGAUAUUUAUAAUGUUAACUAUGUGCAGAAGAAUAUUUCAGCCGAAAUAAUUUUAUUUAUAAUGUUUUGCUUGUUUCCUCAUUGCAGAUUUUUGCUGCAUUAUAUGAUAGCGAAUGGCCUCCAGAAGGAUGCUUCCAACGUUAUUUAUAUUGGGAUUUCUCUCGUCUUCCUGCUGGUUGCGCUCAUCGGCCUUGGUAAGGUUAAUAUUUUCAUGUGAUGGAUCCAUCAAUCUUCGGUAAGACUUAUUUAUUUUAUUUUUCAGGGAGGAUAUAUCUCGGCAUGCACAGCUUCAUUGAUGUCGUGGGUGGGAUAGGCUUGGGAAUUACCAUCCUAUCCUUUUGGAUCAAUGUGUAUGGAUAUGUGGACGACUUUAUCAUCUCUGGACAGAACGGUAUUAUGCCAGCUCCCACCCACCCUCUGAAAGUCCUCCAUUUCAUCUUCCGUUGACCCCCCUCUGAGGAUGAUCGAGCUUCUAACGUUGUGUUGCAGUAACUUCUUUCUGGGCUGGGCUAUCAUUACUACUGUUAUUUGCUUACCCAACGUCAGAGCUCCCGACGCCGAGCUUCGAGUACCACACAGCCUUCACCGGGGUUGCUUUCGGGAUAGUAAGCGCAAUCUAUCAUCCUUGUUCAUCUUUUUCACAUGUGAUCGAUGCUGCAGCAGCGAUUUGUGUGUGAUGGGGUUUUUUAGUAGAUUUAAAAUGCCUGAUGUUAAGAUGAAGAUAGUUUCUCCCAGCUGCAUAAUCAGUGAUGUUCUUGAGUCUUGAAUCUUGCCCGGGCUGGCAGAAUCAAGACAGUGGAAGAUAUUUUGACCAGGAUAUAUUUUCUUGAAACAAUGAUUAUGACCCAUUCUAGGAAACGAAUCAUUAGAAGAUUUGACAUCUCCUUUCUAUGAACAGAUUAUGUACCAAGUGAUAAUGGAAAAAGGUGUGAGAGUUUUCUGACUGGUGUUCUAUACUAGCUUUAUGAUUCUCGUUGGAAGGUUGCUGCUGGGCCUCCCCAUCAUCCAAUGUUGUGAAGCUCUGGGCAUCCCAACAGAUGAUGAUUUCUCUGCUCAUGAUUUCUGACACAAGCCCUGAUGAUUCCUACAUAUUUAUAUGUAUAUAUAUAUUAUUUUUCUGUCUCCUGAUUAUCCUUAAAUUCCUCAUCAGACCCAGGCAAAUGGCAUUUCAUGAUCGAAAAGAACAGAGUGCAUUAACCCACCCGUUGCCAGCUUCUUUUGAACGAUGAACGGACUCAGCUAUUGCUUCUGUUUUCAGACGAUUGCCCUCUUCUGUCAUUCAGGUCUCCGGCGUCCAGCAAAGCUCCCUUCACCUCAGCUAUGGGGGCGCUCCUCGCAUGCUUCCCUCGGAGCUAACCCCUUCCAUUCUCCUCGGGAGGUUGCUGCUGGGCCUCCCUAUCAUCCUCGUUGUGAAGUUCUGCAGCAAGGCGCUGGCCAAAUGGUCACUGCCCAUCUUGUGCAACGCUCUGGGCAUCCCGAUAAGAUCGUCGUGCUACGUUCCCGGGUUGAAGGCUCCGGGGAGCAACGAGAAGCCUGAAAGCAGGCAACUGAGCUCGCUCCAUAAGAUCUCAGCUCUCUCACCGCAGGAGCCUUUCGAUGUAGACACCGGCAUCAGGUUUCUCCAGUAUGCCGGCCUUGCAUGGUCAGUCGUCGACUUGGUCCCAUCCCUGUUUGCUCACCUGAGACUGUAG